AUGUCUCGUAAGUUUCGUUUAGUUUAACGUUUUUCAUGUUUUUUGGCUUUUAGUUACGUCCGAGGACACGAAAUACUUCUCUCUCGACUCAACCGGUCACUGUCGAGUAAUGGAAGAGCAUGUUUUAUCUUCUACAGUUGUUGAGGGAGCUGAUGAGACACUUUCCGCUGAACGUUUGAUUUCUGGAGCUGAUGAGAUGACCAUGAAUGAGGUUGUUCAUGAUAAACAAGGUGGCGACGUCAAGAGAAAUGAUGGUGCUUUGGAUAUGACUGCCGAUAUAUGGGGAAAUUUACAAACUCCGGUAAAAAACGCCUCCGGGCAAUCAGCUGUGCCAAAAAUCGACUUAUUUGGAAGAGAAAUUGUUGAUCAGAAUGGUCAGGAAGAAGUGGCUCCAAAUCUCGCUAAUAGUCAAGUUGAAUCCAAACCAGAAGAAACUAAGAUUGAACAACAACCCAGCCAUGCUCCUCCAACUCACAUUGAACAAAAACCUUUGAAAGAAGAGCCAGUUCCAAGCCAACAACUUGAUGUUCAUCAUGGUAGACAAGAAGGUUCAGUACAACAUCCCGAAGCGAACGCUCCGAUUUCAGACGCAGAGAACGAGCAUCAACAGGGUGUUUUUAAGCUAGAAAAUGUUGUUUCAAAUGGAGAAGCAGGCGUUAUUCCACAUGAACGUCGAUUUUUUGCUCCAAAGUCAGGUAAGUUAUAUUGUUUUAGAAUUUUAGGUUUGAAUUACGUUUUGAGAUAUUAUAAGCGGCUUUAAAAGAGGGUGAAUUACCUUAAAAUUUACUUUUAAUUACAGUUAUCCCUCCAGAACGAAAGAUUUUUGCUCCAAGGCUGGCCCAAAGUGAUCCAUUGGCUAACGCUACAAAGUAAGUUAAAUGCUGUAUAUUUUGAUGUUGUUAGGGUUUUACUGUUCCUUUUUUACUCUAAAAGCUUCCUUAGACAUUGUUUUAUCUAUUUCUAGGCAUAUUAUUACCACUUUAAUAUUUUGGGUAUUAAUUUUACAUUGUUUUAGUGUGCCCCACUAUAUGGUGCCAACUUUUUCGGCCCAGCGGAGAUUUGAAGAGACACAGAAGAAGCUGGCUAAUAGAAAUCCAGGUAUGUUGUUUUUACUUUUUGUUUUAUUUUAGGUAUCAAAACCAAUGAAAAUCAGGUGUUUUGAUUGAUAUAAAGAACUUAUAGACAUCUAUACCUAUAUUAUUUGCUAAAAAGCUGCGUUUGCUAUUUUUAUGCUGAUUUUUGAACUAAUUGUCUAAUCACUUGAUAUUAUAGGUCAUUCUGGAAAAUAA